CAGCAGCAGCGGCGGGAAGAGCGAGGCUGCUUGGCCGUCGGGAGGCCUUGUGGGAGCUGUAGUCCCGCCGGGGGAGGAGCAGCGGCCGCGGGCGGGGUCGGGGGACGGGCCCGGCGCGCCCCGCACGCCCCGCACCAUGCCCGGCUUCACGUGCUGCGUGCCGGGCUGCUACAACAACUCGCACCGGGACAAGGCGCUGCACUUCUACACCUUCCCGAAGGACGCGGAGCUGCGCCGCCUGUGGCUGAAGAACGUCUCGCGGGCCGGCGUCAGCGGCUGCUUCAGCACCUUCCAGCCCACCACGGGCCACCGCGUCUGCUCCGAGCACUUCCCCGGCGGGCGCAAGUCCUACCUGGUCCGCGUCCCCACCAUCUUUCCCCUGCGGGGCGUCAACGAGCGGAAAGGCGCCCGCGGGGCUCGCCGCGCCCGCCACCACCCGGCCCCCGCGGCCGCUCAGCCCGCUGUGCUGCUCACCCUGCAGCCAGAGGGCGCCCUCGAGGCGGCCCGAGGGCCCGAGGAGGUGAAGCCCAUCGACCUGACCGUGCAGGUGGAGCUGAGCGGCUCCGAUGCUGCCACUGCUGCCGCCGUCAGUGGCCCUGUACGGCUGGCCCUGCUGUCCAGCAACGGGCCCCUGCCGGACGGCACUGGGGGCAGCCCACCGGACCACUCGUACUCGUUGUCCUCAGGCACCACCUCAGAGGAGCUGCUGCGCAAGCUGAACGAGCAGCGGGACAUCAUCGCCUUGCUGGAGGUGAAGAUGAAGGAGAUGAAGGGCAGCAUCCGCCGCCUGCGCCUGGCCGAGGCGCAGCUCCGAGAGGAGAUCCGGGAGAAGGACCGCCUGCUGCACGCCGCCAGUGCUGCUGGGGGAGCUCGCAAGCGUCACGGCCUCUGAGAGGGUACCGGAUGCUUCCCUGUGCCCCCCUGGCAGAGGCUCAGACACACAUGUGCACGCUCAAUCCACAGUCUUUGAAAAAAUUGCUCAUCUUUGUAGGAUGUGACAUGUACGAACCCAUUUGAAAUUGGCUGCCAUGGUGGCUACGCCAGGCCAAAGAGCUUCCAUGGGCAGAAAGCCACCAUUUGUUUGGGCCUUUAGUCCUGCUACAGUGUGGCAUUGCUCCCUUAGUUACAACUCUGGCUCUUUGGUUGGCGAACGCUGGGACAGGUAGCGUGCCAGUUCUAGACUAUGCUCUGGCAAGGUACUCAUCUUCUAUAAGGCAACCCAGGCUGAUGUGUGAGCAGGCCCACACUGAACUGAACUUACACUUUCUCCUUUUACAUGUUUCCUUAUGAGAGCAACUCACUUGAACUUGGCUACGGUCACAAAUUCUUUAGAACUAAGCUGGGUGCCGUCUGGGUUGUCGGUUCCACACUGAAGUUGGAGUCUCUUGCAUUACCUAACAGUUCUAAGCAUUGGUGUCAGACAAGCAGAUGGUCUGGAACUCUUAGUGAUACUGAUGGAACUCUGGAGAAAUGAGGCAUCCAAUACAUCGGGGCAUUUCCACUGAGUGAUGUAGCCUUAUAAGAUCAUGCCAGCGGCUGCGAGAUUGCAUUUAGGGGAACAGAGAGAGUGAUUUUUAGAUAAGCACACCUGGGUUGUAAACCAUGUACACUGGAGUAAUCUAUUUACGUAAUGGUAAUGGUAUUUAUGGCAUUUAUACCGGGAUUAUUCCACAGUCAACGUCUUAAGGAUUGAUGCCUUAGAACCAUUGUCAUUGGUACAUUCUGUUAACCCCUCUUUAUGACAGAAGUGGAAAAAAAACAGAAAAACUCUGGGUUAUUCUUUUUCCGGAAAAAAAAAAGUUCGGCUGAUAAGUCAUUUCUGGUGUCAAAUUUCAUUCUUACAAUUAAAGAGGGCAACUGGAGUAUGUAGUUGGUAUCCUUGAAUUGUAGUUGCUGUUUUUUCCCCUUUGCUUCUCUUCCUCUGCUUGUAGGCAUUAUUGUGGCUGUGCCAUACUUGGAUGGCUCCAUGCUCUAUGCAGCAUUCAGCAAGCCCUUCUUAAUUUCACUGCUGCAGAUACUUAAGUUUGCUUUGGUGUAUGGUAUAUUUAAUAUUCACGUAGAGUGAUCUGCAGUGUAAUCUGGCUAACAUCAGAAGAGGAAUGAAGUUGAUUUCUGAUGGUGGUGGUUGUAAAUCCUCUAUACUUCCAAGAAAGGCUAGCAGCAGCUCCAUUUCGGGCCUGGAAAACUUUUUAAUGCUACAAGUGUGAACCGACUGAGUACAGCUGCAAGAGAGAGCUUGUACUUUUCUCAUCCUUCUCAUCGGUAAUACCCGGCUUAUGUUUUCAUGGACUUUAUUUGAACAUUAUCCCUGUUAAAGAUGGGACAGAAUAAAAGAAGGGACAGUCCUGCUGUUUGGUUCAGUACUGUAAAAAAAUGUGACAGCCUUUCUCUAGCUGUGGCUGUUCAGUUGUGUCGUAUCAAAUAGAAGCUUCUGUUUCAUGUAUUGAGUGCAGUGAUUGACAUACUUCAGACAAGUGGUCCACCAUGAUAUUCGCUCCAUGCAACUGUGCAGAGGUUGCUUGGAUUUUAAGUUUUUGCUGUGACAGUGAAGAACAGUGGGAAAAAAUGGCUAGACUUGACUUACCUUUCUGAUUUUUAACUAAAAUGCAAACUUGCGUAAGAGUGGGUUGAGCCACACAGUUUGGACUGCAUGUGUUUGAGUGUUAAAAAAAGAAAGAUAUUUAGUUGGAGCUACUGUGAUUUGCUGGGAUUGGAGAGUGUCACGAUAGCCACCUGUCUAGUUCUUCUAUUUUUGGCUUUUGUGAAGAUACCAAAAAUAUUUUAAUAAAUAACACUUGCAAGCAUGUUCAACAACAACCGUGACAGCAAAGAACUAAAGUCUGCCCCCACCCCCGUCCUGACCUGGGUGGGAUUAUUUUAUCCAAACAAUUCAAAAGUUCAAAAAUAAAUAUUUCCUGAUACAUCUACAUAUCCCUUGUUCCUUUUUGUUAUAUAUAGCUCACAAGACCUGUCUUAACUUUUUCCAUUCCCAAAUCUUGUGUUGAUUGACUCUGUCCUUUAUCAGGGGAUAUGUUAAUGGACUAGAAACCCUAACCUUACGUUGAAUUUCAUGGAUGAUCUGCUGUAACCAUUGAGAAUUGGUCUGUCUUUUGAACAACGUUGUGUACUGUAUCCAUCUGUUAAGUUGCUAGAAUGCCAAUUUUUUUAACCAUUAUUUUGGAAUUUCCUGGCUAACUUUUGUCCAGACUUAGCAACCGGUGAAGAAUAUUGCGGACAGAUUUGCUGCAGAGCAUCUGAGAUACAGGUUCUGUUUUGCUCACGUCACUCUCAUUUUGCUCUGUAUGCAGUCCGAGAGAUAUCAGGCAGCACACUGGUUUUCUCUCUUUGUAAAUAAGACUGUGGCUGGUUGAGAGUGUUUCAAAAGUGUGUGUUGUGACGGUCAUGGUACUUUUCUACCAUCAUUCUGCACUAAACAAUACGUUCAGUUGAUUAGAUGGCUGGAAUGGUUUAUCUGUUGGACUGUUCUAUUUUCCUGGUUAUCCUGAGGUGCUAACAUGCUUAAUCUGAAUAAAGUCUAUUUUGUUUUCUUA